UGGUGUGCUGCAGUGCAGACUCAAACUCUGGCAUGGAUCUGGACCUGGACCAAGAUCUGGACCCCAGCAAAGAUGACCUGCCCCUGCGGGCUAACACUAGCCACAUGCUAGUGAGGCACUACGUGUUGGACCUGAUGGUUCACUUUGAGACCGAGGUUAUCAGCGGCAGUGUUGUACUGUUCUUGGAAACGGGGAAAGGGGCAGCACGAUUCUGCAGGGCGGAGCUGGGAACCCAGCCCUCUCCCGCUUUCACGAACCACACCUCUGGGAUGGAGUGCCCCGCCUUUGACUCUGCUAGUGAAGUGGAGGCUUGUGGAGGCAUGACAGGGGGCACCCUGGAUAAAGGCUGUUGCCAUGGCGGUAUGCAGUCCUCCACAGAGGCUGAUGGGGGUGCUCAAAGUUCAAAGGAGGAGGCCUGGGAAGUGGGGGCUCACAGCGAUUUCGUGCUGGUGCUGGACUGCUGCGACCUGGCCGUGGAGCGGGUGGAGGAGGUGGAUGUGGCCUCGGUGCCGGGAAUGGGUGUGCUGGGUGUGGGAGGUGGGGAGAUCAGCUUUGACUGGCAGAUGGGCGGGUCCUCCACUUACCUCAUCCACAGGCUGGUGUCGAUGCCCUCAUCCCAGUGGGAGCUGCAGCAUGACCUUUACUCCCAGUGCAGCCGUGCCCCCACCCUGCCUGGCGAGGGGGACCUCCUGUUCUGCACUGACCGUUGGAGCCUGCAGAUCAGGAAGAAGGGGGUACAGACCCCCCAGGCCUUCCCUCACGCCCUCAGAAUCUGGUAUCAAACCAAGCCUGAGGGAGCCUCAGUGCGGUGGACCAGGGACCAGAGUGGCAGGCCUUGCGUUUACACCUCGGGCUCCCCCAUCAACAACAGGGCCCUCUUUCCCUGCCAGGAGCCUCCCGUUGCCAUGUCAACCUGGCAGGCCCGUGUGCGGGCCCCCAGUGACUGUGUGGUUCUCCUGAGUGGGGAGAACGAGGCCCGCCCUGACCUGGAGAAGACAGGUUUCUCACGCUGGGAUUAUCAUGUCACAAUGCCCAUGCCAGCCUCCACGUUCACCAUUGCAGUGGGACACUGGGUGGAAGCCAAGGCGCCACCGGCCUCCACAGCAGAGACCGAUCCUGACACGGCAACAGAAACCGAGGGUCUGACUGAGCCGCAGCCCUGCUGUCACGUGGACUACCCAUGUCGGUUCCCUCUGGGUGCAGCACAGGCUCAAGCAGUGAUCCCUCACCGGGUCUUCGCCCCAUCCUGCCUCCUGCAGCGGGCAGCGGUCACGCUCCUGCCCCUGCUGCCACCCUGUUUGGCUGCAGCCCACACCAUCCUCGGGGUCCACCCUUUCCCUCGCCUCGACGUCCUCAUUGUCCCUCCCGGAUUCUCCAGCCUGGGGAUGGCCAGCCCACACGUCAUGUUCCUCUCCCAGACUGUGCUGUCAGGUGAGAGGCAUCUGAGUGGCUCGAGGCUGUGCCACGAGAUCGCCCACGCCUGGUUUGGCCUGGCCAUCGGGGCACGCGAUUGGACGGAGGAGUGGAUCAGCGAGGGGUUUGCCACCUACCUGGAGGAUGUGUUCUGGGUCCGGGCGCAACAGCUCUCUAGCCAGGAGGCGGAGGACCAGUGCAAGCUGAAAGCCCUCCUGCGUUGGAGGAGACUCCGUGACGAACUGCAGAACUCUGAGGAGGAGCUCCAGAUCCUCAGGCCCAACAAGGAGAGCACUGGUGAGGUCAGUGAAUCGGGGGCAUCUGUGGUCAAGCACGCCCUCAAUCCUGGCAAGUCCUUCAUGCAGGUGCACUACCUGAAGGGCUACUUUCUUCUGAAGUUCUUGGCCAACAAAAUUGGUGAAAAACAAUUCCUCAGUUUCUUCCACCUUUUUGUGCAUAAGUACCAUGGGCAGCUUAUUCUGUCUCAGGAUUUCUUGCGAAUGCUUUUUGGUCAUUUCCCAGAGCUUCAGAGACAAGGCCUUACCCUUGAAGCUGUUUAUGCAGACUGGCUAGAUCAACCGGGCAUUCCAGAGACGCUUCUGAGAGGGGGAGAGGCUUGCUUUCAGAGCUCUCUGCUGGAAGAAGUCAAAGAGGAGCUUGUAAAAUGGAUCCACUUCGGUGGCUGUCAUGGAAAGAGCAGAAAGCGGAAAAGAGUCGGGCCCAAGGUGAACUUCAGAGAGCUGACACCAGAUCAGUUGGUGUUGCUGUUGGAGCUGCUCUUGGAGGAGGAGGAGCUGAGUGUGACAUCACUACGGAUGUUGGAGAAGACCUAUGGCCUGCAGGGACAAGACGCUGAGGUGAGGCACCGCUGGUGUGAGCUGGUGGUGAAGCACAAACAUGCUGCAGCCUACAGAGACGUGGAGCGUUUCCUAAUGCAGGACCAGGCCAUGGGGGUGUACCUGUACGGGGAGCUGAUGCUUCAUGAAGACGCCCGUCAGCAGGCUCUCGCCCGGCGCUGUUUCGCUAGAGCCCGCGAGGACAUGGACCCAGCCGCGCACGCAGUCGUAGAGGAGAUGAUCCUCUGAGCAUGCUCAGCCCAGGCCCCAGAGGCGGACGCGCACGUCAAGGAGGAUCCGGCAGGAGGUCAGCGCUUUUCCGGCCUCUGUCUCCUCUCCCUCCUCAGAGGAGCAGGCGCAUGGGACGGCCCAUCAACAGGUUCAGCGGGAUCUGGGACGCUUCCGCGCAAAGGCUGGAGAUCAGCCCGGCAGGGUGGGGGGGGGGCGGCCGGGGGGAUAGGUCACUGACAAUUUAUCUGUUCAUCUGGGGACCAGGGGGGAGCAGGCCAGGGUGCGGCUACAGUGUCUGCAAUAAUAAUCGUGAUGCUCAGGAGCUCUGUUUACAGUAGAAAUACUUUCCAGUGGAUGUUUUCAUGCAAAACAAGAUCUUCAGUUCUUUUUUUUCAAUUAUUUAUUCAGUCUACAUUCUUUUCUCUAGCAGAUAUUGCUAGUGAAGUGUUUUCCUUUAAAAACAAGUGUUGUGGUUACCGCUUUUCAGAAUUUGCUUGAAGUGUAGCUGUGCAGACAGAGCAAAGGAACAUCAAGUAGAGAGGUCUGCUGGGUAGAAAUCGCUCUCUCUCAGGGUACCGCAAACAUUCCAUCACCAGCGAUCUUUAGUACUGGAGCAAUUUCACUGGCGUGGUGCAUCUGUCAAUAAAGACUCACGGGAUAGGUUUUCAAAAUAUUUAGACUCUAUAACAUUUCGAUGAACGCCAUAGCCGGCGGAGUAUUUAUCUGCGCUGAAGUGCGGGCGAGGGGCCUGAGGUGGAUGGCGGCCCCUGUAAAUCAUGCAAGCGUGCAGAUCUGCGCAGACCCCAGAGACACGGCCUGGGAUGACUCAGGAGGGAGGAAUGUAGGCCCAGAUGUCCGCAGAGGUUGUGCUUUUUAUCUGUCCGGCCGCGCAGAUUCCCUCAUCAUCCUGGCGGGGCUCAUCCCAGUUGCACCAGCCUGUCCACGUAUUUAGAAGCCUGGAGAAUCUGCGCAGUAGGACACCAUAAAAAAACAGCCAGACAUGCCAUCAGGGGAAGAGCCAAAACGAGGACUGUCUCUUUUAGGGGGGCAAACAAGGAGACGCAGAUCAAUCGCCAGGACUGCUGAUCACAUGGAGCAGAAUGCAACUGCCAAUCACAACCUGAAACACCUUGCCUGUUUUUAAUUAGUGAGACUUUUGUUCAUUUAAGAAAAAAAAAAAAAAUAGAAAGUGACAUGUGAAGAACUACUAGACUUCAUUGUUUUAACAAG